AUGUCAAAACGUCCUAUCAUUGUCAUCGCAGGCCUGGCCAGUGAGAACUCAACCUUCACUCCGUCACGGACAUUGGCUCCCGCCUUCCAUCCACUCCGUGGCGAUGAGAUCAAAACCAAGUACCCCUUUAUUCGCCAGGGAACACCACUCGGUGAUGCUGCCGACUGGCGCGGGGCACUCAUUGGACAUGCACUGCCUGGUGGCAUGGUGACGCGUGACGCCUUUGAGGAAUUAACCGGAGAGAUCAUGACCCGGAUAAAGGACAUCGUCGCUUCAAACAAACUCGAUGGCUUAUGGUUUGACAUUCACGGCGCCCUGGCGGUGGAGGACAUUGACGAUGCCGAAUUUGAGCUUCUCAGGCGGGUCCGAUCCGUCAUCGGCUCCGAUGUCAUUGUGUCGGCUUCGAUGGAUCUUCAUGGCAACGUCUCGCGAGAACUGGCACAUCAAACUGAUCUCAUCACCUGCUACCGAACUGCACCGCACGUGGAUGUGGCAGAGACUAAGGAGCGCGCCUGUCGCAAUCUCGUUGAAUUGCUGGUGAAAGUAGAUGGGGCACCGAAAAGACCCAUCAAGGCGUGGGUGCCCAUUCCAAUUCUUCUUCCUGGUGAGCAGACAUCAACUCGUUUGGAUCCCGCCCAGCAUAUUUAUGCUACUGUCCCUGAGUUGGAGAAGUGGGACGGCGUUCUCGAUGCUGCCAUUUGGGUGGGAUACGCAUGGGCCGAUGAGCCGCGAAACCGUGCCGUCGUUGUGGUCACGGGCUGGGACGAGGCAUCCGUUUCCAAAGCGGCAGAGCAUCUUGCAGGCUUAUUCUGGGAGGCACACCAAGAUUUCGCCUUCGUGGCACCUACCGGAACAUUUGCUGAAUGCUUGGAUGCAGCUCUCGCGUCCGAGACCCACCCAUAUUUCAUUUCGGACUCUGGAGAUAAUCCCACUGCUGGAGGCUCCGGCGAUGUUACCUGGGGCCUUACGCAGUUGCUUGCCCGUCCUGAAUUCAGGAGUACAGGCGGCCCAACUGUUAUCUAUGCCAGUGUACCUGGACCUGAAGCCGUUCUUGUUGCUGUGGAGGCAGGAGUGGGCGCCACCGUCACUGUCACCGCAGGGGCUGAAGUCGACAACGCUCACGCUGGUCCUGUAACCAUGACAGGUAGGGUACACUCCAUAAAAAUUGGCGACAAGCACGCUGCGAUUGAGGUCGUGCUGCAGGUUGGCAGUGUUUUCGCCAUUCUAACCAAGUUCCGCAAACCGUACCACCUCGAACGGGAUUUCACUGAACUUGAGCUCAAGCCGCGGCAGGCAGAUAUUGUUAUCAUUAAAAUUGGGUACUUGGAGCCGGACCUGUAUGACAUGGCGGCAGACUGGAUGCUCGGUCUCACGCCGGGCGGAGUGAAUCAAGAUCUGGAAAGAUUGGGACACCAUCGCAUCCGGCAUCCAAUGUGGCCCUAUGACAAAUUGUUUGCAACCGAGCCGGAUCUAUCUGCUAGAAUUAUCCCAUCGUCGAAUUUGGCCCUCAUUGGACCGGACGAGUGA